AUUGGUGAACGGCCUCCAUGGAAAAGGGAAGUUGUAUUUUUGGACUGUGUACCAUUUUGGGUAUGAAUAAGUGUCUUUGAGGGCAAGACAUCACAGAAAAUGGUUGUUUUUCUAUUCAUUAUCUCAAGCAUUCUUGGUGGAGACUGCAGUGAAUCCUCAAAAUUGGUGGUUGGACAGGUUGGGGAUGACGUUACUCUUCCAUGUAUAUAUGAUAUUGACACACACGGUAUAGUGGACAUUUGUUGGGGGAGACAUCAGUCAUUGUUCACCUGUGAAAGCACUCUCAUCUCCACUGAAGGUUCAAAAGUAACUUACAGAGAGUCACGUAGAUUAGGCUUGACCAGUGGACUCAAUCGAGGUGAUGUUUCUCUCACUAUUAAGGGCGCCUGGUUAGAAGACACUGGGCUGUAUGUGUGCCGUAUCCAGAUCCCUGGACUUUUUAAUGAUGUUAGUCACAACGUUUAUCUACACAUCACAAACAGACCGGAUGUCUUAGGAAGAGGAGUCACAAAAUUGUUUCCUACAAUAGCAAAGCAAGAAAAACAAGUCUACUAUGCAUCAGACCAAACCACAUUCGUUACUGAAAAAUAUAUCAGAACAGAAACAACAACUGCAGAGGAUACUGAGGUCUACGUAGGCAAAGCUGUUGCAGUGGGCCACAAAGAGGUAUUGAACUAUUUGUAUAUACAACCCCAAAUACAAAAAAGUUGGGACACUAGAAAUUGUGAGUAAAAAAGGAAUGGA